CAUUGUUGAUACAAAAUCAUUUCCAUGAAUAUGUCCUAUGCUGUUGAUUGGCAUUUCAUUAUAACAUGUUUUCAUGUUCCUUUUUUUGAAUCCUGUUCAUUUGAUCUCUCAGUCAUCAUUUAAUAGAUCGAUCUCUAUUUUCUGGAUCUUGUGCCGCAAAAUUUUGCCCAUCGCCAGUGUCCAGUGAUUUUUUUGUGUCACCCAACUUAACCAUGACUUUAAAAGUUGACAAAGUAUUAAGAAAAAAGCUUGAUCGCAAUCUUGUCUGUCUGUCGCUAACUGUUUUCACUGGUCUCUUCAUUUCUCUAUAUGCUUUAUUCAUAGAAAUAAAACAUGCCAACAAUCCAAAUUACAAACCGCUCUGUGAUCUCGGUCAAGGUGUGAGCUGUACAGCUGCACUCUUAUCCAAGUAUGGCAAAGGUCUUGGUUUACUGCCAGAAGAUUCACUAUUAAACCUACCCAAUCCAGUUUAUGGAAUAUUCACUUACACAACUCUGGUUUUGGUGACCAAUUUUAGUGGAACCGAUCGUUUCCUGGUUAACCUCCUUCUAAUAAUUUCAAUCAUAAUUAACCUUGUUUCCUUGUACCUGGCUUACAUUCUUUACUUUAUUUUACACAAUUUAUGUGUUGUUUGUGUGGCAACUUAUGUAGUUAAUUUUUUCCUGCUAGUCUUCAGUAUACAAAGAAAAAGACUCAUACGAAAAUUGACCUCACCUAAGAAAGAGUAACCUCAGAACCAAUAAUAAAAAUAAUAAUCAGUCCUAAAAAUACACCAAAUUAUAUUCAAUCCUUUAUUGACUGCAUUAUGCUCAUUCAUACUCUAUUUAAUCCACAGAAAUCUAGAAUUCAAUUUUUUUGCUCCUCAAAUGAAAUAUUUGAACAAUCAUCUUGUACUCAAGUCAUUCGUUGUUAAUAUUUAUUUUUACUUACCAAUGUUAUUCGCAAUUAAAAUUUUGUUUUUCAAGGCA